GAUAAUAACUGGAAGAGUUGAUUUUUAGUUUGCAUAAAUUCGAAUGAGAAAUUUCUGUUUUUUUCUAAUUUCCAAUUUUAAUUCUAAUUAGAAUCCAUAUUUGAAUUUACGAAAGUAGGAAAAAAAAUGUCAUUGAUCGCAAGUGGAAAAAUAACAAUUAACCGAUAGUGAUAAGAGUUGAGUUUGCAUGCUGUUCGGCUGCCUUAAUGAUAAUGUUUUUCACAGCAAGUGAAUUGAGUGUUUUUCGCUAGAAGUAUUCGUUUCGCUUUAAAGUUGGAAAAAGAUUUCGUUCGUCGUUAUAAAAACGAAAUGAAACUUUUCUAUUGAUUUUCGUUUUGUUUUUUUAAAGUUUUUUUGUGUGUUGUUUUCUUGCCCUCUGUUUUGAAUUGCUAUUAAUUGCUGCACAUUUUACACACUUAACUCUCAGACCUACAAGUACAAAACUAAUUACAACACCACCUCCUAACAACAUAACUUACUAAGUUGUAAUACCGUGUUACAUUGCUUUUACCACAAACGUUUACAACUUCGUCAAACAGCUUCACAACAAUGUUUAAUUUUGAGUUGAUGAUGAAUGAAAACAAAAUGGGCUCGGCGAGCUUCUUACACCUUGGCGAUGUCGUGUCCAUUUAUGCGGAGGGCAGCGUCUGCGGAUUCCUUAGCACAUUGGGAUUGGUGGACGAUCGUACAGUUGUGUGCCCCGAUGCUGGUGACUUAAGCAAUCCGCCAAAAAAAUUUCGAGACUGUCUCAUCAAGGUAUGUCCGAUGAACCGAUACUCUGCUCAAAAGCAAUUUUGGAAAGCAGCCAAGCAAAGUGCCAGCUCAAACACAGAUACGAAUCUACUUAAACGGCUGCAUCAUGCCGCCGAAAUCGAGAAGAAACAAAACGAUUCCGAAAAUAAAAAACUUCUCGGUAAUUCCGUUCAAUAUGGUUCGGUUGUCCAAUUGCUCCAUCUCAAGUCCAACAAAUAUUUAACUGUAAACAAACGACUGCCGUCACUUCUCGAAAAGAAUGCCAUGCGAGUUUACCUCGACGCCAAUGGAAACGAAGGAUCAUGGUUUUACAUAAUGCCAUUUUAUAAGCUCAGAGCGACCGGUGAUAAUGUAGUUGUUGGCGACAAAGUCAUUUUGAAUCCAGUCAAUGCCGACCAACAGAAUUUGCACGUUGCAGCCAAUUACGAACUGCUCGACAAUCCUGGCUGUAAGGAGGUGAAUGUCUUAAAUUCGUCCACAUCAUGGAAGAUCACGCUGUUUAUGGAGCACCGAGAAAAUCAAGAUGAAAUACUGAAGGGUGGCGAUGUAGUUCGAUUGUUCCAUGCCGAACAGGAAAAAUUCCUUACAAUGGACUCGUAUAAGCAAGUGCAGCAUGUCUUUUUACGUACAACUGGCCGGACCAGUGCGACAGCUGCAACUAGUAGCAAAGCCUUAUGGGAAAUAGAAGUCGUCCAACAAGAUCCGUGUCGAGGCGGUGCCGGCCAUUGGAAUUCUUUGUACCGUUUCAAACAUCUGGCCACCGGUUAUUAUUUGGCAGCUGAGGCCGAUGCCGAUUUAAAGGAUUAUUCGAAGGGAGAGGCGUAUCGUUUAGUGUCGGUAAAACAUUCCAACGAUUUAUCGUCGGUGUUUGAAUUGGAUGCGACCACGAUGACGAGAGGCGAUAGUUUAGUUCCCCAGUCCAGCUACGUUCGGCUAAUGCAUUUGCGGUCAGGCACUUGGGUUCAUUCCACAACCGUUCCUAUUGACAUUGACGAUGAUAAGCCGGUGAUGUCGAAGGUUGGUUGUUCCACCAUAAAAGAGGAUAAGGAAGCAUUUGCACUGAUUCCUGUUUCACCGGUUGAAGUGAGAGAUCUGGAUUUUGCCAAUGACGCUUGUAAAGUACUCGAGGCUAUGAAUGAACGAUUGUCGGAUGGGCAGAUUACACAUAAUGAGCGACGUGCACUGAUUUCGUUGCUGCAGGACAUUGUCUACUUCAUAGCAGGUCUGGAGAAUGAACAGAAUAAAAGUGAAGCGCUCGAAUUGAGCAUAAACAAUCCGAACCGUGAUCGUCAGAAACUGUUGCGUGAACAGGCCAUUUUAAAGCAGCUGUUCAUCGUGUUACAGAACCCAUUCUAUGAAACGUCGAAGAUGACCCCAUUUCUUCGUCUAAGCGAGCUGAACGAUCCGAAGAAUGCGCCGUACAAAUACGUUUUUCGAUUAUGUUAUCGCAUCCUGCGGUUGAGUCAGCAAGACUACCGAAAGAAUCAGGAGUACAUUGCCAAAUAUUUCGGACUGAUGCAGAAGCAAAUCGGCUACGACAUUCUGGCCGAAGACACCAUUACGGCACUGCUGCACAACAAUCGAAAAUUGCUGGAAAAACACAUAACCGCCGCUGAAAUCGAAACGUUUGUCGGAUUGGUACGGAAGAAUAUGGAGAACUGGGAGUCACGAUUCUUGGACUAUUUGUCCGAUCUGUGUGUGUCCAACAAAAAAGCAAUCGCCGUGACUCAGGAGCUAAUAUGCAAAAGUGUCUUAAGCCGAAAGAACACCGACAUUUUGAUUGAAACUCACAUCACGGAAUCGAAACCAACAGAGUUGUGGGAAGAGGAUCUGCUGUUUUUGGACGCAUUCGAUGGCGAAGAUAACGAAAGAGUCGGACUGUUAGGCGAAAACAAGGACAAGAAAUUCGAAGUGAAACUGUCCUGGAAUCAGGGACUGAAAUCGAAAUUAAUGAGCGAAUUGGCACGAGGUGCAAAGCAGGGUAGACAGGAAGACGUUGCUAUCGUUGAAUAUUACCGCCACCAAUUAAAUUUGUUUUCGAACAUGUGUUUGAAUCGACAGUACUUGGCCCUGAAUAAUCUGUCGCCACAUUUGGAUAUUCAGCUGAUUUUGAAAUGCAUGUCAGAUGAUAUGAUGCCGUACGAUCUUCGUGCAUCAUUUUGUCGCCUUAUGUUACAUCUUCAUGUCGAUCGAGAUCCACAGGAACCGGUAACCCCAGUGAAAUAUGCACGCUUAUGGUCGGAGAUACCGUCAAAAAUGUCAAUUUACGAUUAUGAUUCGAAAAAGCAGCCGGAUUGCAACAAGGAAGCGGUUCGCGCUCGCUUCAAUACGACAAUUGUAUUCGUGGAAAAUUACCUGUGCAAUGUUGCGUCGAAAAUGUGGCUGUUCGCUGAUCAGGAUCAAAAUAAAUUAACUUUUGAGGUUGUAAAGCUGGCACGCGAUUUAAUAUAUUUUGGCUUCUAUAGCUUUAGCGAUCUAUUGCGUUUAACAAAAACCUUACUUAGUAUAUUGGAUUGUGUAUCGGAAACGGAUGCUAUGGUUGGACUGCCAACUGGUCACAUUGAUUCUGAAGGAGGUGUACUGCGAUCAAUCGGUGAUAUGGGUGCCGUUAUGACAUCCCUUACUCUCGGACCAGUCGGAACAGCAAUCGUUUCGCCGUCCAUAUCUGUGCAACAGAGAAAAUCCGUCACCCAACUGAUGAAAGAAUAUCCUCUGGUGAUGGAUACAAAGCUGAAGAUCAUCGAAAUACUUCAAUUCAUUCUAGACGUACGGCUAGACUAUCGCAUCAGCUGCCUGCUGUCAAUAUUCAAACGAGAAUUUGACGAAACCGAGGCUACCGCUGAUUCUGUCCAUCUUCGUCAGCGUAACAUUGAUUUGGAAUCGAUAAGUAGUCAGGCGGAAGGAAUAUUCGGGUGCAACGAGCAAUCGUCGAAUCUGGACUUGGAUGGUCAAGGUGGUCGCACCUUUCUCCGAGUUUUAUUACAUCUAAUAAUGCACGACUAUCCGCCUCUGGUGUCCGGAGCUUUGCAUUUGCUGUUCAGACAUUUCAGUCAACGGCAGGAAGUACUGCACGCGUUCCGUCAAGUUCAGUUGUUAGUCUCGGAUAGCGACGUCGAAUCGUACAAGCAAAUCAAAUCGGAUCUGGAUGUGUUACGGCAGAGUGUGGAAAAGUCGGAGCUGUGGGUGUACAAGUCGAAGGCGCAUGAAGACGUCGGCGUUACAGGGAAAAAACCAAAAAAGGAGAAAGAAACAGCGGGCAAUGCUUAUGAAGAGGAAGAUGGUGAACGUAAACAGAAGGAGUUGGUUGACGUCGAGAAACCGGUGAAGAAGAAGGAGCAAAGCAACGAGUAUACGAUAAUCAAAGAGAUUCUGAUCAGAAUGAAUCGGCUUUGUGUCAUACCAGCUCCCAGUCCGGAUUUAAUUAAACCGAGGAAGCAUGAACAACGUUUACUACGCAACGUGGGCGUUCAUACCGUUGUUUUGGAUCUGCUGCAGGUGCCAUAUGAUGAAAAAGAAGACGUUCAAAUGAAAGAACUGAUGAGUUUGGCUCACGAAUUUUUGCAAAACUUUUGCCUGGGUAACCAACAGAAUCAAGUGUUGCUGCACAAUCAGUUGGACCUGUUUCUAAAUCCCGGUAUUCUGGAAGCGGAGACCGUUUGCAGCAUAUUCAAAGACAAUUUGACACUCUGUAACGAAGUAAACGACAAGGUGGUCCAGCACUUUGUUCAUUGUAUCGAAAUUCACGGCCGGCAUGUGGAAUAUUUGAAGUUCCUGCAAACCAUUGUCAAAGCCGAGAAUCAAUUCAUCCGAAAAUGUCAGGACAUGGUCAUGCAAGAGCUGAUCAAUGCCGGUGAAGAUGUGCUGGUCUUUUACAAUGACAAGUCAUCGCUGAACCAUUUCACCGAAAUGAUGCGACGUUAUCGCCUGGGUGAAUUGGCCGAUGCCAGUCCGCUCAAAUACCACGUCGAAUUGGUGAAAUUGCUGGCCUGCUGUACGAUGGGCAAAAACGUUUACACCGAAAUCAAGUGCAACAGUUUGCUGGCCUUGGAUGACAUUGUCACGAUGAUUUCGCAUCCGCACUGUUGUGUGGAGGUGAAGGAAGCGUAUGUCGAUUUCCUGAAUCACUGCUACAUAGACACAGAAGUGGAAAUGAAGGAAAUCUACUCGUCGCAUCACAUGUGGACUCUGUUCGAAAAAUCGUUUUUGGCCGACAUCAAUACAGUUGUCCAAACGGGCGGAGCAGAUGGCACGAACACCUUGUUGGAAAAUUACGUUGUGAACGAAGUUAUGAACAUCUUGAGCACAUUUUUCAACAGUCCGUUCUCAGAUCAAUGUACAGCACUUCAGGCCCGUCAAAUUAUCUUCGUGCAACUGCUUCAGGCGGCUUAUAAAGUAUCCAAAUGCAAAUGGUUGACGCCGGCCCAGAAAUUCAACGUCGAAAAUUGCAUUCGAACCCUAUCCGACAUAGCAAGAAACCGUGGCAUCGCAUUCCCAGCCGAACUACAAAAUCAAGUGCUGAUGAUGUUCAACAAGUCGGCCCUGUUGUCACGUCAAACCAGCAAAUGGUUGUUAGCCUCAAAACAACCGAAAGUCGAACGCUCCCAGUCACAGCUGAUGCGAUUGGACCGAAGUAUCAUUGAAGGUUUGCAAGAUAUCGUGUCGCUGCUGGAAGAUCAACUGAAACCGUUGGUGGAGGCUGAACUGUCACUGCUUGUGGAUAUCCUGUAUCGGUCUGAAUUGCUGUUCCCCAUCGGAACCGAGUCUCGGAAACGGUGUGAAAGCGGCGGUUUCAUUCGUCGUCUGAUCAAACACACGGAAAAACUGCUCGAAGAGAAAGAAGAGAAGUUGUGCGUGAAGGUACUGCGAACGUUGCGUGAAAUGAUGGCAAUGGAUAUCGAGUAUGGUGACAAAGGAGACUGUUUGAGGAAUACGCUGCUUAACCGCUACUUCGGUAAGGGGUUCAUUCCGAAGACCAACGGUGAAAAUGGCGAACUAGUCCACAAAAUUACGCACGUUGGUCCUGUCACACACGGACCAGGAGCGAAAUAUUUAAUGCGAGCCGGUCGUACGUUGCACGAAGUCCAAAGUCAUUUGGACAAGGAAGGAGCAUCUGAUUUGGUGGUCGAACUGGUCAUCAAAUCGGUUGGUUCGCCGUCGAUUUUCGUUGAGGCUGUGGAAUUGGGUAUAGCGCUGUUGGAGGGCGGCAAUCCAAUCAUUCAGAAGGGAAUGUGCUGCAAAUUUCUGACUCUCGAUUUGAGCCAAGCCUUUUUCAAGGUGUUCUACGACAAAAUGAAGGACUCGCAACAGGAAAUCAAAUCAACGGUGAGUGUCAACACCAGUGACAUUGCGGCCAAGGCCCAUGAGAGUAAACAGGACCUGAAGGACUACGAUAAGAUAUCCAGAAAGCAUGGCUCUAAAACGAACGGCAUUGUCAUAACCGAAGAACUUCGCGAAGAGCUCAACAACGCCGGCUUAUCAACAGCCCGUGCAUACGCCAGUGCUCGAAGUCUGUCACCGGGUGAAGAUACGUCGAUGACGAAUAUUGGCAGCGCCUUGGAGGACAUGUUGGCCGAAAAACUGGAGAAGCACAAAGACAAGGACGAUCGAAACAAACUGUCCAGCAAAGUGUUGGUUAUGCAGCCCAUCCUCCGAUUCCUGCAACUGUUGUGCGAGAAUCACAAUCCCGAUUUGCAGAAUCUGCUGAGACACCAGAACAACAAGACCAACCACAAUCUAGUAUCGGAAACGUUGAUGUUCUUGGAUUGUAUCUGUGGAUCGACCACCGGCGGUUUGGGUCUGCUGGGUCUGUACAUCAACGAGAACAAUGUGGCAUUGAUCAAUCAGACACUGGAAACGUUGACCGAAUACUGUCAAGGUCCAUGUCACGAAAAUCAGAAUUGCAUCGCCACCCACGAAUCGAACGGUUUGGAUAUCAUCACAGCGCUAAUCUUAAACGACAUCAAUCCGUUGGGACGAAACCGGAUGGACUUGGUGUUGGAGCUCAAAAACAAUGCGUCCAAGCUACUGUUGGCCAUAAUGGAAAGUCGCGGCGACAAUGAAAAUGCCGAACGCAUUUUGUACAACAUGAAUCCGAGACAAUUGAUCGACGUUGCGUGUCGAGCGUAUCAUCAGGAAGAGGUGUUGGAAGAUCAUUUCAAUGAUGAAUUCAACCAGGACAACGAUGAUGACGAUGCUGGAGUGUCUCCCAAAGAAGUCGGCCAUAACAUCUACAUUUUAAGUCAUCAGUUAGCGCAGCACAACAAGGAAUUGGCAGCAUUAUUGAAAUCACCGGAAAAUACCGCCAACAACGAUGCUAAAACCAAUCAGGCGUUGCUGUAUUAUGCCACUCAUACUGCCCAGAUCGAGAUCGUUCGUAAUGACCGGACUUUGGAGCAAAUCGUCUUUCCAAUACCAGAAAUUUGUGAGUAUUUAACGCACGAUACAAAGGUCAAGAUUCUCAACACCGCUGAACGUGACGAUCAAGGUUCAAAGGUCGCUGACUUUUUCGAUCGAACGGACGCGAUGUUCAACGAAAUGAAAUGGCAAAAGAAACUUCGUGGUCAACCGGCUCUGUUUUGGGUCAGCAGCUACAUGUCUUUGUGGAGUAACAUACUGUUUAACAGUGUCGUCCUGAUCAACUGCAUCGUCGCCUUCUUUUAUCCCUUUGACAGUGCCGUACCAGAACUCAAUUCUCACAUGUCCUGGUUGAUUUGGGCCAUCAUGCUGAUAUCUAUGGCUAUCGUAGCUACUAUGCCUCGCGAGUCAGGCAUUAGAACUCUGGUCGCGUCAAUCAUACUGCGGUUCAUCUUUUCGUUUGGUCCCGAACCGACGUUAUGGCUUCUUGGUUCGGUGACCGUGCUGCUGAAAGGUGUCCAUAUCGUCAGUCUGAUGGGAAAUCACGGGACGUUGGAGAAACAUUUUCUGAAAAUAAUCUGUGACACACAGCUGCUGUACCACUUCUUUUACAUGAUGUUCUGCCUGUCUGGCAUAUUGGUCCAUCCGUUCUUUUACUCGGUUUUAUUGUUCGACGUUGUCUACCGCGAAGAGACUCUAUUGAAUGUCAUUCGUUCGGUAACGCGUAACGGAAGAUCGAUCAUUUUAACGGCUGUGCUGGCACUCAUUUUGGUCUAUCUGUUCUCGAUCAUCGGAUACAUUUUCUUCAAGGACGACUUCCUCGUAUCUGUCGAUGAUGACAGUAGUGAAGAAGAAGCGCCUACGACAACCAGUCACAUGACACACAACCCCGAUUCAGAUCAAUGUGUCGAUCCAAAGCAAAUUAUAGCUUCAAUGCAGUCUGGGGGUGAUCGAAAGGAACGGGCUUGCGAUUCGUUGGUAAUGUGCAUUUUGACGACGUUAAAUCAAGGGUUGCGUAAUGGUGGUGGCAUUGGAGAUAUAUUGCGAGCACCCAGCAGUACGGAGAGCCUGUUCGUCGCUCGUGUCAUCUACGAUCUGCUAUUCUUUUUCAUUGUGAUUAUCAUCGUGUUGAAUCUCAUUUUCGGUGUCAUCAUCGACACGUUCGCCGAUCUGAGAAGUGAAAAGCAGCAAAAGGAAUUGAUUCUGAAGAACACCUGCUUCAUCUGCGGCCUUAAUCGUUCGGCAUUCGACAACAAAACGGUCAGCUUCGAGGAGCACAUCAAAUGCGAACACAAUAUGUGGCACUAUCUGUACUUCAUCGUGCUGGUAAAAGUGAAGGAUCCCACCGAAUUUACCGGACCCGAAAGCUACGUUCAUGCAAUGGUAAAAGCGACCAUAUUGGAUUGGUUUCCGCGCUUGCGGGCUAUGUCUUUGGCCGCUACCGAUGGCAGCGAAGAGCAGAUUGAAUUGAGAAGUUUGCAAUCUCACCUGGAAAUGACACACAUUGCCGUUGCUAAUUUAACGCAACAGCUAAUGGAACUGCAGGAUCAAAUGACCGAACAGCGGAAGCAGAAGCAACGCAUCGGUCUAUUGAAUACUGCAGCUGCAUCGCCUCACCAUAACAUAUCUCAAAUCAAUCAUCAGACUAGCGUUACUUUAGGUUAAAAAUUUAGCGACAAUUUUUAGCUCAAUUCUCAAUUUUUAGCAAUCAUGAUUGUGAUGUGAAAGAAGGAAAUUGAAUUUGGAGGGAAAGAUAUACAUUAGGAACACAUAGUGGAAAUUAUAUCAAAACGUUAGAGAUCUAUAAUUGAAAAUCGUCAUAUUUACUAAAUAAAUUUGUGUGAUAAACAGAGAGAGAGAGAAAAAAAUGAAAAUUUUAAAACAAGAAAAAAUUCUAUUUAUUAGUCGAUAGGAAACGUAACGAUCUUAUAAAUACAAAAAUUAAUAUAUUUAAUGGAAUUGUGGAGCCUUUAAAUCUCUAUCCUCUUUUUUUGUUCUGUUUAUUGAAUUUUAAGAAGAAAAAAAAUUUAAUUUUAUUUUGUUGUUUUGUAGAAUGUACUUAAUUGGGGACAUCCUCAAUAUAAAAAUAAAUCCGAUUGCAAUAAAGUUACUGUUUGUUCAUUAAAAAAAAA